AUGAAAAUAAUGCAACGGUUACUAGCUAGCAACCAAACAUCCACAGCGUCUGUGGAUAGACAGACGGCGGCAAGGCAAGGAAAGCCUUGCGGCCCAGAAGCACCGACGCUUGCCCACCUCGGAGCUCCUCCUUCCAUGGCCACCACCUCCGCCGUCUGCCCCCUCGCCGUCCUUGCGCCGUCGCCGUCGCCGCUCGCUUCAGGUCGCCGCCGCCCUGCCGCACCCUUCUGGGCCGCCUCCCGCCCGCGCGCUCUCUCCGCCGCCCCCCGCGGCCGCGUCCUCUGCCUCGCCGCCUCCGCCCCCGCCUCCUCCACCGACGCCGGCCAGGACCGCCUCCAGAAGGUCCCCAUUACCAACAUCAGGAACUUCUGCAUCAUCGCGCACAUCGACCAUGGGAAAUCGACUCUGGCGGAUAAGCUCCUCGAGAUGACAGGGACGGUGCAGAAGAGGGAUAUGAAACAGCAGUUCCUGGAUAACAUGGACCUGGAGAGGGAGAGGGGGAUCACAAUCAAACUGCAGGCAGCUCGGAUGCGUUACGUCAUGAACAAUGAGCCUUACUGCCUGAACUUAAUCGAUACACCAGGUCAUGUCGAUUUCUCAUAUGAGGUCUCCCGAUCUCUUGCUGCUUGUGAGGGUGCACUGCUGGUUGUUGAUGCUUCUCAGGGUGUUGAAGCGCAGACCUUAGCAAAUGUGUAUCUUGCACUGGAAAGCAACCUCGAAAUCAUACCGGUUCUAAACAAAAUUGAUCUUCCUGGUGCUGAACCUGACCGCAUCGCCCAAGAGAUUGAAGAGAUAAUUGGCUUGGACUGCAGUAAUGCAAUUAGGUGUUCAGCAAAGGAGGGCAUAGGCAUCAUCGAAAUACUAGAUGCCAUUGUGACCAAGGUCCCCCCACCAAAGGAUACUUUAAAAAAUCCUCUCAGGGCUCUUAUAUUUGACAGCUAUUAUGAUGCAUACAGAGGUGUCAUUGUGUAUUUUCGAGUUAUUGAUGGCAGUAUAAGGAAAGGGGACAAGAUAUGUUUUAUGGCCAAUAAAAAGGAAUAUGUUGCUGAUGAAAUUGGUGUACUAUCCCCCAAUCAGAUGGAAGCUGAUGAACUGCAUGCUGGUGAGGUCGGCUAUCUCUCUGCUUCCAUAAGAUCAGUAGCAGAUGCUAGGGUGGGUGAUACAAUUACCCAUUUUGCAAAAAGAGCGGAAUCUGCUUUACCAGGAUAUUCAGAAGCUACUCCAAUGGUUUUCUGCGGCUUGUUUCCUUUAGAGGCAGAUCAGUUUGAGGAGUUGCGGGAAGCAUUGGGGAGACUUCAGCUAAAUGAUGCUGCCCUAAAGUUCGAGCCGGAAUCUUCUAGUGCCAUGGGGUUCGGAUUUAGAUGUGGGUUCCUUGGUCUUCUUCAUAUGGAAAUCGUUCAGGAAAGGCUUGAGAGAGAGUACAACUUGAACCUAAUAAUUACUGCACCCAGUGUGGUUUACCGUGUCAACUGUUCCAAUAAUGAAACUGUUGAAUGUUCAAAUCCAUCCUUGCUUCCAGAACCUGGUAAACGGAGGUCGAUUGAAGAACCGUAUGUAAAGAUUGAAUUGUUAACACCAAAGGACUAUAUUGGCCCAAUAAUGGAGCUGGGUCAAGAGAGAAGAGGUGAAUUCAAGGAAAUGAACUACAUUACAGAAAACAGGGCCAAACUUACUUACAUGCUACCACUAGCAGAGAUGGUUGGUGAUUUCUUUGAUCAACUGAAAUCUCGAAGCAAAGGAUAUGCUAGCAUGGAAUAUUCAGUUGUCGGGUACAGGGUAAGUGACCUAGUAAAGCUGGACAUACAAAUCAAUGGUGAGCCUGUGGAAGCAUUGUCGACAAUUGUACACAAAGAGAAGGCAUACACUGUUGGCAGAGCGCUCACCCAGAAGCUGAAAGAACUUAUACCUCGGCAAAUGUUUAAAAUACCUAUUCAAGCAUGUAUUGGUGCAAAGGUCAUUGCAAGUGAAGCCCUAUCAGCCAUCAGGAAGGAUGUCUUGUCAAAAUGCUACGGGGGUGAUAUAUCAAGGAAAAAGAAGUUGUUGAAAAAACAGGCGGAAGGAAAGAAGAGAAUGAAAGCAAUCGGAAGGGUCGAAGUUCCUCAGGAGGCAUUCAUGGCCGUGCUGAAACUGGAAAAGGAGGUGCUUUGA